AUGUCAGCCAUGGAGUCUUCUCAGCGAUACUCAAUAUCGGAUACCAACGCCGGCACUGCCGGUGAGUGCCACUGGUCCGAAAUCACAGACCCCAAGGAAAAGAAACGGAUACAGAACAGAAAUGCUCAGAGAGUAUACCGACAACGAGUCAAGGCCCGCCUCAAGGCUCUUGAGUCGACGGUCAAGAGCCAGCAGGCAGCUUUCAAAGAACACUCGAGAACCCUGAAUGAUGGUCUCAUUGCAGAGCAGUCGUCGAUAGUUGUGGCACAAGCCGGCCAUCAAGGGCUGUCACCAUCGCCUAGACCCACGCCUAACAAGCCGUAUGAGGGCACCACAGUGCAACCGCGGGCCUUGCAGCUCAACAAUGGUGAAAGCAACUCGAUGGACAUCCAGGACAUGGGAAGGCGGCACAUGGGGAAUGGCCAAGUUCGACCGUCUCCCCAAGCACCGUCGGUGCGCUCUGAGGACAGAUUUUCGAGCAACGUCAACAUGAACGGGAGACCUGGCGACAAGGUCUACGUGGACUAUCUCCGAACUGCAUCAAAAGAAAGCGUCAGCAAUGCCCAGGCUCAAUCACAACAGCAAAAACAACAACGACAACAACAGCAGCAACAACAGCAACAACAACAACAACAGCAGCAGCAGCAGCAGCCACUCAACUCGGCCACGCAGCUUUAUGCUACUGAGCACAGCGACAUGAUGAACUUCUCAUCAGCCAUAGACUGCUGGACUGACGACAUGAUGCAGCAGAGUCGGCGAGCAACAGGUCUGGCGGCCGGCCGCAUCGAUAUGCUCAAUCACAACUUCUUUCCCGAUGUGCCGAGGAAUGAUCUGUCCUCCGCUAUGGACACUACCACUACUACCACUAACAACAACAACAAUAACAACAACAAUAUCAACAGCAACAGUAACAACAACAAUAGCAACAACAACAGCAGUGAUGGGAGAAGUAGUAAUGGCAACAAAGAAAAGGAAAACACCAACAGCCUUCGCGACAACAAGCACAUGAAUGGCAAAGGCCACCACAGCCUGCCUGCCUCGCCACCACAGACAGACCAAAGCGACUCCGCAAGCGGCGGCACGACCGGCCUCAACGAGUGUUUCGAGCUGACGCUCCAAUACGGCCAGGCCAUGGGCUUCGAGACUUUCGAUGCCCUCGUCAUCGCGUACUACACGGAGAAGUUUGACGGCGGCUCCCCUCUGGCCAACGAGCAGCGCCUGAGCCGCAACCGGGGCCUGCCCAAGCUCGUCAAGGAGGUCUACCAGGCCACGCAUGAGUGGAGCGAGUGGGAGCGCCGCGGCUUUCUGGAGGAGGUCCUGCGCAGGACCGAGAACGUGCUCCAGUCUGAGGCCGAGCGCGCACGGCAUGCUCUGAAUGCCCGCCUGAUGCCGCUGCUGCAGUCCCAGGACUGGGCCACCACGUCGGCCAACCCACAGACCAUCAUGGCCAUGAAGGAAAUCAUUGAAGACGAAGUAUGUUCUUGCCGCUCCACGUGA